AUGGGGUCUUCGGACGAAGCACAGCCGCUAUUAAAGUGCAAUACUUGUGGCAAGAAUUUUGACAACCGUAAAUCUCAUCUUCGUCAUAAAUCCUAUUGCAAGAAAGCAAUUACUCGGGUUACGACACGGAAGAAGUCUUGUACAGCAUGCACGAAAGCCAGAACACGAUGUGCACGUGAUACGACUCUUCCAAAAUGUUCCCGUUGCACUGCCAAGGACCUCACAUGUGACUACGAACAGGAUCCGCAUGGCGGUCUUGUGGCACUCAUACCUGUAGAGCUCUCUGCGUCGUCACAUUCACCUUCAGACAGCAAUGUGCGACCUCUCAUUGAUGAACAACCCGGUCUCCCCACGGACUUGUUGAGGAUCGAGACUAUGAGCACUUCAGAGUUUGAAAAUAUCAUUCCCAGAGUUCCAACAGCAUUUUCGGCUCGAGAAAUUGAGCACAACCAGCUCUCUCUCAACAGAAGAUAUGUGCUAUGCACAUUAAAAUCUUACCCAUAUAUGCUACUUCCGGGCCGGAACCUACCUCCAUUCAUACACCCAUACCAUGCCUACGGCCUCAAAGAUUCGGACAACAACUCUCAAGUUCGCAAGUAUACUCAACCACCUAUUCAGAAUUGCGCUAUGAUAAUACGAUGGCAUUCUGCCGACGACAAAAACAAUACUGUUUACAUCUGGAAGACUAUUAGUCUGGAACUGGAAAAGUUUUCAAAAGAGUGCCCUGAAAAUAGCGACGAGAAUGCGGUAGCAGCUCUUCAAGCCAUCACAAUCUACUUCCUUCUCCGCAUCUCGGAAGAUAUGGAUGAGGCCGCCGUCUAUGACAUGUUACUCAUCCAUACAAUGGUGAAAGUUGCUACCAAAGUGAAAGAUCGAAUUAAAAGUAACAAUAUUCGCGCAGACAGGUGGGAACAUUGGAUGUUGACCGAGUCAAUCCAACGAACAAUAACGGUCAUCCUCCUGCUUGAUAUGCUUUUCGAAAUUUCCCCCUUCUUUCCAGCCCGUGAAUGCGAUGGGACAUUGCUAGCAGACAUAGCUUUACCAUGCAGCAAAGGCUUAUGGACAGCAUCUACAGAAGUUGAAUGGGAAAUAGCGCAUUCAGCCGAAGAUAAGCAGACCUCGAAAACGCUCACCUAUGCCGACUUGAUGAACUUCCAGCACCAAGAAGAGGGAAGUCUUGACUUCUGGCUGUCAUACAUAGACAAUUUCGGAACUCUGCUUAUGGCUGCUGCCAGCCUUCAACCUCCAAAUAAUUUUUUAUGA